AUGGCAUCGCCGACGGUGUACCUCAUCCGACAUGGAGAGAAGCCAGAUGAUGGCGGCAACGGUCUCAGCGCUCAGGGGGUUCAACGCGCUCAAUGUCUCCGAUCCGUCUUUGGCAAGGAUUCUAAGUACAAUAUUGGCUAUAUAAUGGCACAAACACCCAAGAAGAGCGGCAAGCGGACCCGUCCCUAUGAGACGGUUCUUCCCUUGGCUGAGGACUUGGGUCUUACUGUGGAUACUUCUUGCGAUCGCGACGACCCCAAGUGUGUGAAGAAGGCUGUCGAAAAAUACAAAGGAGACGGGAAUAUUUUGAUCUGCUGGCAGCAUGAGGCGCUCACGGAUAUCGUGAAGAAACUCGGAGCUAAGGAUGCACCGGAGUAUCCAAGUGACAGGUACGGAAGCCCGUUUCCUUACCCUUUCCCUUCUCGGAUAGAAAGCACCACAAUUGAAAUGAUUUCAAAUGAUUCAAAUGAUUUCAGCGUGCAAGAUAACUAG